ACAAUACACAAACGCAAAUCUAAAAAAAAAAAAUCGUAAGUAUGAUAUUAGAAUCUAUCUCCAGGCAGCAUUAUCUCUGCGUUUAGUGCGGAAGAGCUCAGACUGCCUUGAGAUGCACCAUAAAAAACGGCUUUUUACCAAGUCAUUUCGCCAUGGGCGAAUUCUAAAAACACUUUAUUACCUUUAAGUUCCAUUGCUUUGUUGUUGUAUGUCUUUGUCGACUCUUUGUUGGUAGGUUCUGCCACCCUAUAAUCUUAAACUUGAUUUGCCACCUUAAGGUCGUCUAGUGUUUUAGUGCGUUUAUAACAUUAUGAGUUGGAUUUUUGUAGAUUUGUUUUACUUCCAUCUGUUUUUCUCUUACUUGAGGUUUUAGGUUUUAUAAAUCUGAUACUUCAAACUGUGUUGCACAUAUUGAGCUUUGUGGUAAACUUUUGCUUUGCAUGUGGGAAAGGGAAAUCAGUGCUUUAGACAUUGUUUGAUGAAAGAAAUGAUAAAUGAAAGCUUUUUGUAAUCCAUUGAGGAAAUGCUGCUUUUUAAAUACAUAUGCAUUUUUUAAACCGGAUCAUGUUGGACCUGGCCAGGAGUAAUGGUGGUGCAUUAAGGCGAGGUGAGGGAACACACUGAUUGCUCUGCUGCCUCCUUCCUCUGCCUCAGCUCCAUGAUAGAUAUCGCUCCGGCGUCUGCGUAGCCACGGAGUGGGAGGGACUGCCCAUCUUCCAGCAUUUCCAUUGGUUUUACAGCCCGCACGGUGGAGAGGGGGGGUGCCUCUAAUCAUAUCCAGCAUGUUUUGCACAAGAAAUGUCAGCCAGAAAGGGCUAUCUUCUCCCUUCGCCAAAAUACACCACAAUAAUGUCAUGUUCGGACAGCCCGUCAGGAAAUGCGUUUUUAGUGGAUUCUCUGAUCAGUGGCCGCAGCGAGACCGGCGGAGGUCACUACGCGGGGAGCGCGUUGUGCGUGCCUCACAGCAGCGCUACAGAAGUGCCCUAUGGACUACACAACUAUGGAUACUUCCCAGGUAUGGGUAAAAGAAGCGAGGUGGGUCCCCAAAACAUGGUUUCCGCCUCUGGCGCGUAUAUGUCCAGCAUGGAGAUGUGGAUGGACGCGCAGAGGUCAUGUCGAAUGGACCAAGAGCACACGGUGGGUCCCCAGGUCGCGCCCUGCUCGUUCCCGCAAACUAUUAAGGAAGAGAGUACCUACUGUCUGUAUGAGCAACCGAAGUGCCCUAAAGCCUCUACCGCCGAAGAUCUUACGUAUUCGAGGUUAACGACAGCCGGCCUCGGCUCGAGUUCUUGUACAGUUACCGAUGGCGGCGGGGGCUCAGUGCCUGUGCCUGGCUACUUCCGCUUGUCUCAGACGCACGCACAUUCUCAUAAACUUUACAACACUAACGGCCCCCAGCCGAACCCUUCCCAUUCUCAUUUUGGCCUACACCCCAUUGCUCCUGCUCGCUUCCACACGCCACCAACCUCAACUUCUGCUCCAGCCACGGCGCAAGAAAGGAGGAACACCGAGGAGCCCGUGUCCUCGGGAACCGCAGACCUGCAGCCUCACGCUGCACCAGGGACCGAGGAGGCACGCGAGUCCUCGGAUGCAGAAGCCUCCUCCACUGACGAGACAGAAGAGCAUGACAAAGAGAGACCAGAAAAGACCAAUAAAGGUAAUCAGAGUUCAUCAUGUCAUCCAGUGCUGUUGUUUGUUUGCAUGCCUCUCAGGUAG